UGUUUACCAAUUAACUAAUUUGACCUAUUUAUCGACAUCCGCUUGUGAUAUCCAUUGCGAAAGGCCAACAUUUGUUUACGAAAGCUCACACAAAACUCAAAAUGGGCAACAUACAAACUGUUGGUCCAAAUCAGGCCAUGGUUAUAUCUGGUGGAUGUUGUGGGGGCAAUUCCAGAAAACUUAUUGUUGGAGGAUGGGGUUGGGCUUGGUGUCUUGUCACAGAUGUACAGAGCAUAUCACUAGAAGUUAUGACCUUGAACCCAGUUUGUGAAAGUGUAGAAACAUCUGAAGGUGUACCUGUGACAGUAACUGGUGUAGCUCAGGUCAAGGUCAUGAGAGACACAUCAUUCUUAGAGAAGGCAUGUGAACAGUUUCUGGGUAAAACUGUCAAGGAAGUAGAAAGAGUAAUUUUACAGACUUUAGAGGGCCAUCUCAGGGCUAUUCUUGGUACCCUUAGUGUAGAGGCAAUCUAUCAGGACAGAGACCAGUUUGCUCAACUUGUAAGAGAAGUUGCUUCCCCUGACGUGUGUAAGAUGGGUAUAGAAAUUAUGAGUUUCACAAUCAAAGAUAUUUAUGACAAUGUUGAGUACUUAGCCUCAUUAGGACGAGCACAGACUGCCAAUGUUAAGAGAGAUGCUGAUAUUGGUGUAGCUGAGGCCAAUAGAGAUGCUGGAAUCAGGGAAGCUGAAUGCGACAAAACAAAAAUGGACACCAAAUUUUCAGCUGAUGCUAAGAUUGCUGAUGCAUCACGUAAUUACAAAAUGCAGAAAGCUGACUUUGAUCAAGAAGUCAAUGCAAGAAAAGCUGAAGCUGAAUUAGCCUAUGAACUGCAAGCAGCAAAAGAAAAACAGAAGAUCAGAGCUGAAGAAAUAGAAAUUGAAGUAGUAGAGAGAAGGAAAUUAAUUGAUGUUGAAGAAAAAGAAAUUCUGAGAAAGGAGAAGGAAUUGAUAGCUACUGUUAAACGACCUGCUGAAGCACAUGCUUAUAAGAUGCAGUUGAUAGCUGAGGGAACAAGGACACAGACAGUUGAGCAGGCCAGAGCUGAGGCUGAGAAGAUUCGAUUGAUAGGUGCAUCUGAAGCCGAGGCUAUUGAAGCUGUAGGAAAAGCCGAAGCUGAGAAAAUGAGAUUGAAAGCUUCAGCUUACAAACAGUAUGGAGAGGCAGCCAUGUUGGCUUUGGUUUUGGAAACACUUCCAAAGAUUGCUGCAGAAGUAUCAGCUCCAUUAUCGAAGACAGAUGAGAUUGUUAUGGUUGGAGAUGAUAGAACCACAAGUGAAGUCAGCAAAUUAGUUAGUCAGCUCCCACCGGCUGUCCAGGCUCUUACUGGUGUAGAUCUUUCUAAGAUUUUAUCAAAGGUACCAGGAGCUACUUCUUAGACUGGUUUCCAGUCCUGUUAUAAACUUCUUUAUAGUGACUUCAAUAAAUGAACCAGAAGACCUAAUACUUUUACAUGUAUAUAACUUAUUUCACUUUUAUCAAGAGAUUAAUAUUUUAAAUAUUUUAACUAUUAUCAAUUUUAAUGGUAAUGAAUAGCUUGAUCUUAAAUUAUAUGCAACCUGUAAUGUGUUUCUGCAUAUGUAUGGAGUAUGUUAAGUUUUACUGUAGGUGUUAGUUCAUAUUGAAAUACUUUGACCUGUAAAUCAUGUCUGUGUGUGACCUACUUUUAGAAAAUUUGACAGAUUUAUUUAAACAUAUUUGAAUAGUAUCAAAUAUGAUUACAUGAUCUGAAAUUGAGUUUUCAUGAUGCAAUUAUUUAAAUAUGUGUUUUCCUUAUGUAAUUAUUGACACAAGAGUUUUCCUGAUGCAAUUAUUUACAUGUGUUUAGCCUGAAUAAGAAACAAGGAAUGAAUUCUUCUCCAUAAUCACCUUUGUUUAGUUUAUCAGUAUAUCACUAAUGAAAAAUAAAUCACUUCUUGGGUAGGGGAAUUAUUUAAUAAAAAUCUAAAGAAUAUCUUAUUUGACUUUAUCUACCUCUUGCAAAACAUAUAUCUAAUAAUAUAAAAUAGUAUAUACUGGUCACUACGCCUGAUUUUAAACCAUUGAUGAGAAUGCAAUGUAUAUGUAUAUAUCUAUUUAUAACAAUUUUUGUAAAAAUACCUGUUUUAUUUGUAUAUAACCUGUUCACAAUGUACAUGAACUAUGUUGUUAAAUUGAGAUGAAGGUCAACACUUACUUACUGUAACUACUGCUAUAGCAAUAAGUGGUCAAAAUUUGUCUUCUUUUUUAGAUUUCAGUGUCAGAUUUAUGCAGAUAGAGUCCUGACCCAAUAAUUCAGUCAGCAUGACCAUUUAUCUCACUAUAACAUUUAUAGUGAUAUUUAUACUUUUGUACUAUGUUCCAAUGUAUCUAUCAUCAUUUUAAAUUAUUCACAAUCAUUUUAUUGGUAGCACAUGUUGGUAGAUACUGAGUAGUAUUCACUUUAUUUGUUUCUGUGUUUCUUUUCAGUCGGAAUACAAAUAUUUGUAUUGUCUAGUUCUGCAGCGUCAUUAUUAGGUUUCCUUCUAGUCAGAAUGUCAUUUUGUCCAUGGACAGAAAUAAUAGUUAUCUUUCUUAACACUCAAAUGUACUGAUUCAAAAACUGUGCCUUUAUCAAUCUGAAGUUGACAAAGUAAGACCAAUGAUGUUUUUAAGUAUUCUUACUGCUUUUGCAUAACAUUGUUGUUUUUAAAUAUGCAUAAUUUUAUUCAAAAACAGAUAAUUGAAGGGCAAAAUCAAUAAUUUCUUACUUGAUGGCAUGCAUAGAUUUUAUGUAUUUUAACUGUAGUAUUGAAUACACCAUUCAUUAAAGUUAACUUUGAUUUUGAUAAGCAAUUAUUCAUGGUGGGUCUAUUUUCUACAAGGCAUUUAUUUUCACCUGCUACCUUUAGAUAAGGAAUUUUCUUAUUUUUCCAUGUAAUCAUCCUGCUAUAAAUUUUUAUAACUACACUUGUUAAACUAUUUCCACAGUCCUUUUAAAACUUCUGUGUAAAUUAUUUAUUUACAUAGUUUAACCUUGAAUUACAAAUUGCAUUUUUAAAGAGAAUAUAAAAGUCAUGAUAAAAAUAAUUGCAAGACUUGAACUUAAAAAUAAGUUCAGAAAUGCCUUGAAUGCUUUGUAGUUUUAGAUUAUAAUUAACAUAGAUGACAGUUAGCACUUUUUUGUACAUUCAAGCACAAACUAUUUAUAGAGUCAUCUUAACUGUUUUAAUCCUUAUAUACUACUUAUAUAUAUGUGUUUCUUCAUACCAAAAGAGAAACCAUAGAUAUGACAUAUGUUUAAGCAUUGUAAAAAACCAGACCGAUAAACAAACAUUACUAUUACUUGAAUUAUUUGAGGAGUAGCUACUUUAUAACACCACACUUCUUAGCAAAUGAUAUUUGAAAUGAAAAUUUUAAAAAGCAAUACAUGAUCCAUUUUGAAGUAUUUACUGCUGAACUGUAUCGAUAUAUAUAUUAAACUUUAUUAUAAUUUUCAAGUUGUAAAACCAUAAGUUCUUAAAAUUCAGAGUUUUAAAUAUUGCCAAAAAAAACAUUGAUAAAAAUAGCUAUAAUCAAAACAAGGCAUUUUGUUAUAUUUUGACAAAGGAAUUUACAGGGUAUCAGUAAAUAUUGAGCUGUGACUAAUAAAUCACAUGACUAAUAAAUCACAUUUAUCUAAGUAGAUGUCCAUUGAUAUUUCAACUAAAUAAAAUUCUCAAACAUUUAGAAUCUAAAACACAAAGAGAUCAAUGAAUUUCAUGAUUUAUACGAUUAGAGAAAACUAAUCUGACCCAUAAAUGUAAAAUUAUCACUGGAAAUCUUUCCUUUUCCAAAUACAUGUCCAAUCAUUCAGUCUUUGAGUUAGUGGCAGCUCAGUCAAAUUUAACCAUGUAAUAUAUAUGUCCUAUUGAUCCGUAUUGUAACCACCCAACUCCUUAUUCUUGUCUUCUGAACCUAGCAUAGAUACCAGUAUUAAUUUAUCCUCUACAAGUGAUAAAUCAAAAAUUUAUUAAAAAUGUAUAUGUUAGGAGGUUGUGCUCUUGAUUAUGUGAAUAAGAUGUAAUAUUUUCUGUUGUUUAAAGAUUGCUAGGUUGUCAAAGCAGAAAAAAUAUAAAAUGAUAUGCGUUAGUUCAACAUGUAUUCUAAUUUUAGUUUAGUAAUAAAAUUACUUUCAUUGAAUUUUUUAUGAACAAGAAAUAUUGCUGAAUAAUUUGAUCUAUUAUAUUAUAAAUAUCCAGGAUGUCAGUUAUUCAUAUAAAUUCACCCAUCUAUUGAACCAAAGAUGGUGUUCUUUUAAAAAUUAUAGUAUUAUUAUGUAUUUUACCUGUGUAAUUGCUAAAGCCUCAUAAUAAAUGUAUAAUACUAUCUGCCAAAUAUAUAGUGUAUGUAAUAAGUGUAACAAUGACUAUGAAUUAACUUACAAAAUGACUAUUUUAUCAUCUAUAGGUAUGAAAUGCCAGAAAGACUUUGAAAAAUUAUUUUUGAAUGAAAACAAACUAUUUAUUUUUACUCUAUUUAUAGAUUGUUAAACACAUACACAUAUUCAAAAUCGGUAUAAGAAAAACAACUAAAGACUUCUAAUGCCUGAAUUAUUCAAAUAUUUCCUAGAAAUAACAAAAUAUUUAGAUUUUAUUAGGUACCUUUGAAAAAAUUGUAAGUUAGAGGCAUGCUAAUACUCACUACACAAGUUUGAUUCCUUCCCCCUGUUGUCAGAUAUGUUGUAGUCGUGUUGUUUGUACAUUUUUAUAUGCUGUAAUAAUUCUUAACACAAUAAAAUAUCUAAGAACUCUU